CUUGGAUUUUCCAUUUCACCAAGUUACCAGCCAUACCGCGACGCCCAUGUCUCCUUAUUCCAUAACCAACCACUUUCCCCUCCGCAAUCUUUCAACAUUCUUCAAAAAAUGGACCUCAAAACAAUACACAAUCGCCGCAUUCGCCUUACUCCUCUUGUUCUCUUACGCUUUUCUCAUCCGAUCCAAUCCCCACUCUCAUCACUCCAACUCCAACCUCAUUCCCUUCACCCCUCUCACCAACUUCAAACAAUUCGGCGCACUUUGCUUGGAUGGUUCUGCUCCUGGUUACCAUUUCCAAGAGGGAUUUGGAUCCGGAUCGCGUAAUUGGUUGCUUCAUCUUGAGGGAGGAGGGUGGUGCAGUUCGGUAGCUUCAUGUUCUUAUAGGAAAACAACUGCUUUGGGUUCAUCUAAUUAUAUGGAUACACCUGUUCUUUUUUCAGGGAUGCUAAGCUCUGUUCCGGAUCAGAAUCCUGAUUUCUUUAACUGGAACAAGGUGAAGAUACGCUAUUGCGAUGGUGCAUCCUUUGCUGGUCACCCAGAAAGUGAGAAAGGAAGUGGGUUGUUCUUCAGAGGCCAAAUCAUAUGGGAAACUAUUAUGAAUGAACUCUUAUCAAUUGGCAUGUCGAAAGCAAAACAGGCUCUGUUGACAGGAUGCUCAGCUGGAGGAUUGGCAGCUCUUAUACAUUGUGAUAACUUCAGACAAUUACUUCCGAAAGGGGCUACUGUCAAGUGUCUCACGGAUGCAGGCUUCUUCCUUGAUGAGAAGGAUAUUCUUGGAAAUAGCACAAUGAAAUCUUUCUAUCAGGAUGUUGUCCAGCUCCAGGGUGUUGAAAAAAGUUUGCAUAAAGAGUGCCUUGCUAAAAUGGAACCAUCUAAGUGUUUCUUUUCAUCAGAAAUUCUGAAAAACAUAAAGACUCCUGUUUUUCUUGUUCACCCAGCUUAUGAUUUUUGGCAGAUACGUAAUAUUUUGGUACCUAAAGGAUCAGAUCCCCAUCGUCGCUGGAAAAACUGUAGAUUGAACCUUCGCAGUUGUGAUGCUAACUUGAUGGAUACACUUAACAGUUUUCGUAAUUCUUUGCUGAAGACUGUGAACGAGUUCCAGCAGCGAAAGGAUAUUGGAAUGUUUAUAGAUUCCUGCUUUAUCCAUUGCCAGACUUUGAUGGGGGAGACUUGGUAUUCACCUAAUUCUCCAAAACUAAACGAUAAGACAAUUGCUGAAUCCGUUGCCGAUUGGUUCUUUGACCGACAAAUGGUAAAGCUUAUUGACUGUCCUUAUCCAUGUAAUCCUACCUGCCAUAAUUUGGAUUUCACCAGAGUAUAAUAAAGCUAAGCAUCCCAAUUUUCAUUGAAAAAUCAUGGACAAAUAUCAACUUGGAUCCUCUCCUUCACUCCCCUCUUCAUCCUCUCUACCUCAAUCUUAAUCUUACUCUAUUUAUAGAGAGAUGUAGGGAGAACUAAAUGUGGGAACCCAAAUCUGACAAAUAUCUCCCCAUUUGUGUCGGUAAUUCCUCUAUUGAUUAUCGAGGUUGAGAAUAUAUACUGGUGUUCGUCUUUUUCACCAGUAUGAUACAGUUUCUAAAUUCAGUAUAUAAACAAUACAUCAUGCAGCAUGAAGUUUCUCCUUGCCGAAUUAACUCCUCUCCACCACUAUAAAACUCAAUUCUAUAAAUGCCAAUAUCAAUUGUAUACAUUAGUUUAUUUUUUCCUGAAAAUAGUGGUGUACCAUUUUUUGUACUUCAAUAUUCAUUAUUAUUGUCAUUGA